UGCCUGUGAAUAUUUAGCAAAGCAUUUACAAAGUGACCAUGCUCAAGUUUCUAGCUUUUAUCGUACUCAUUGCUGUAGCAGUUGAUGCAUUUCCAUCAGAGAUAUCAAAACCGAUAGAAGCAGAUGCGCUACAAACAUCCGAAAAUAAUAAGAAUAUAGCAAUCAUUCAAAACCGCAAUGAUUUAGAAACAGCGGAAUCGGCUCGCAGGUUUUUUGGAUAUCGUCCAUAUCAUAGGGGAUAUCACUUUUAUCAUGGAUAUCCCUCAUACCACGGGUAUCACGGUUUUUAUGGAUAUCCAUACCAUGGAUACCAUUACUACCAUGGGUACCCUGGAUGCUUUCACUGUUUUCAUGGCUAAGAGUAAACUAUUUAUUAAUCUAUUUUGAUAAACUUUAAUUAAACUAAGAAAAUUUAAGAGUAAUCUAAUAUUCAUAAAUAAAAGGCACACAAAUAUAUUUCGAUCAUUGCUAAUUUGCUAAUAUGCAAUAAUAAUUAUUAUUGCAUAUUAGCAAUUAAAUCCUGCAGAUUUUCAUUUUAUGCUAAAAUUUUGCAUUACUAGUCACUCAAUUUUAUUCACGUAUUAUUAAAUGAAAAACUCGCUC